AUAGGAAUGGUUUCCGAACAUCUACCCUAUCUUAAUAAUGAAUAUGAUUUCAGCGGCAGGAAAUAUGACGUAGUAUUUUACGUAGAAGACAUAUCGCAUGGUAAAAUAGAAAUAACUGAUCGCAUUACGCUUGAAGAAUGGCAUGCAACGCUGAGUAAUACAUUUGUUGAAGAACUGACCAGAAAGACUGGAAAUUUUAAGAAAUUUGACGUCUUUUGCUCUAUGAUACAAUCAGCUAUAUGCAAGCGCUCCAGUUUCCUCAAAUUGGAUUUACUGAAUUACGAAGAUCUGAGUGAAAUCAGAAAGUCUAGAAUAAUCAACGACUAUUCAGUCCCUCAGUCUCCUGUCUUAUCUAAAGGGAAUAAGCGGUAUUUGAUUUUGUCAUACACCACUGAGUUUGACAAGAUUCAUUACCCCAUCCCUUUGAUGUUUUUUGGCUGCCCAUCUCCAGACACCUAUCGUAAUAAUAUCCAUGAAUUAAGAGUCAAACUGUAUAACAAUCACCCAGCCAUGAGCAUCCUUGAGCAGCAGUCGAGUGGUCCAGAACCGUACAAUGCGCUUACAAAAAUAACUAAGUUGCAAUCAGAAAAUACGGCCUUGAAGCAAGAACUUCGUUAUGUCAAAGAAUGUCUAAGUCAAAUGAAAGCCAACCAAAAAAAUCAUUCUCACUAUGAUUCCCAUCCAUAUUCCGAAAAAUUAAAACAAUUGGGCCUUAAAGACUUGGUGAACAGUUUGGAAACAGAACUUUUCGAAGAAAGAUCUAAGUCGUCUCGCCAGAUGGUUGAGUAUACUCGUGAAAUAGCUCGACUACAGGCAGAUUUAGAGGCUGCAACAAUAGACCAGAGAGGACUGCGUCGUAAAGUCAACCAGCUGUCUGAGGAACUAUGCUUCCUAAAAGGCGGGUCAGUACAUAGGAUAACUGGUGACUUCCCAUCAGGUCAAUUGAUUCGUUCCAAUCAAUAUGAUACAAUGUCACGAUAUCAGAAAAAUUGUUUAAAUCAAAAACCGAUCUCAUCAGUUUUAAAUACCAAAUUAAACAAGCUAACUCGCAGAGCUGGUAGUGCCAGCCCAACAAUAUACCGAUCAGCUUCACAUGGAUCUAACACUUCUAAUACUGCCUGCUUCAAGUCAUCCCACUAUGGUAGACAUCGAACUAAUUCCUUAGAUAGAGCAUUAUCAGGAAGUAAUCGUCGAUUUGAUCCAACUGCUUAUGUUAGAGAAAAAGAAAGGCAACGAGAAGAGAAUGCUCUUAAACGAAAAUUGGCACAUCGUCAAUCAUUGAUUGGUACAGCAUCAAGAUCGUCUUCAAAUUUAGAUCAUCGAUAUAAUUCUGAAGCUAAAAAUACUAAUUAUACACGAUUUGCACGUACUUCCAGAACUUCAUCACCAGUAUUUUCAUCAUGUGAAUCUGGUUUAGAGUCUAUGAGUAAAACACAACAAUAUUCUAAGAUUAAUGGAAAAUACGACCGUAUUCAUUCAACUUAUACUACUAAUAAUUUUAAUCGAUCUGUUAGUUGUUCACCUCGUCAUUCACCGUUAAGAUCUUCACGUUCUCCAGUCAACAGUUAUUAUUCUUCUAAUUCUCCAGAACCUUUAUAUGUAAAUAUCAAUCAAAUGAAUAAUCAUUUACGAAAUCAUAAUAAACGUGAUUCACCCACUCCAUUAAAUGAUAUUAAUAUUUAUAAAUCUUCAAAAUCACGGUCAACUGUAGAAAAUCCGCGUUCAUCUGAUAGCUGUCAUAUUGAUAAUGAAAUGGAUUCUGACUACAGUCUGUGUUCUGGACGAUUAUCACGUCGAUCUCAACCAACUAACAGACAUAUACAUUCAAGAAAGAAACCAACUCAUGAUGUCGAUAAAGAUUUAGACGAAAUCGACCAUCGUUUAAAUGUACUUCAAGGAUUUUUUGAAAAAUAUCUACUUUCUUAAUUAUUUAUGUCUAUCAUUGUCUACUGAAGCUUUUAUCAAUAUUAUUUCAUGAUUGAUUUUCAACUUUUGUGUAUCUGUGAGUAUAAUUAACAGUUCACUGUUGAACAUGGUAAGGAUAUACAAACAUCUACAUAUUAUACCUGGAUUCCUUCAUCUUUUUGAGAAAGAAAGUCGAAUGUGCAUUACAUUUUGUAUUAAGGCUGUUUCCUCGUCC